GUCUGGCCUUGGGGUUCCAGAGAGCAGGGAGGUACAAAGGUCAUCUGAAGGAGCCUAUCUGCCCGCAUUCCACCAAAGAGCCUAAAACUGAGGCUGAUAUUUCUGUUCAUUUCACACAUGAUGCCAAAACAGGUCAGCAGUCCUUCUUUCAAUCUGGUGGCGAUGGUCCAGGAAACCUUGUGGGAUCUCAGAACAGGGCUGUAUAUCUCUGCUCACACUCACCAUCCUACUCAUACUCACCGCUGGGAGCCUCCAGGGCCCAUUUCAUUUAGAGCUUGCUUUAUGUUCAGGAUGGGCACCUCAGGGGUCUCGUUCUAAUAACAGCCCAGGGUGGGUCAGGCCAGACAAGUCAGGAAGUUAUUUUGUCCCCAUGACUCUAACCCUGACGGUGACCCUGGAAGAGAUGGUGUUGAUGCUCUUGAAGAGUAGAGUCAUCCAAAUGCUGUGUUUGGCUCAGGUCCCAACUAAAUGUCAAUAAUUUUCCGUGUGGUUGACCCCUACCCUCUCUGCUUCUGCCUCCUGUGGCUCUGUCCACAGUGGGCUUCUCUGUUCCCCUCCAUCUCCUCUGGGUGCUGACCUGCAUGGGACCAGGCCCCAGCCUUGGUCACACUCUCCUCCUUAUGAGCAUCGCAUCCCACCUUCAAGGCUGAUACAGCUCUUUCUGGUCCACCUGAGCCUCACUUCACUGGACGCUCAGUUCCCACCACGUUGUUCUGACUUAGGGACCCUCACCUGGGGAGAAGGAUAACAAAGGUCCCCGUCUUUCUCUCUGGCAGCUUCCUUGAAAACCAAGAUGAGCCAUACUCCAGUUGAACAGUCCGUGAUGGACUUGAUCGUCCUGUUCCACAAAUACACCAAACCUGAUGACAAGAUUAACAAGCAGGGCCUGCUGAAGAUGCUGAAGGAGAAUUUCCCUAACUUCCUCACGGCUUGUGAAAAAAAGGGCAAAGAUUUCUUGGCCCAUAUCUUUGAGGACCAGGACAAGAAUAAUGAUAAGAAGAUCGAGUUUUCUGAGUUUCUGUCGGUGUUGGGAGUCAUAGCCACGGACUACCACAAUCACAGCCACGGAGCCCCACUCUGUUCUGGGGGAGGACACUGAGCCCCGCCCAGCCUGACACCUCCAAGAAACAAUAAAGUGUGUCUUUUGCCCAGA